AUAAUGAAUGCGAAGCUUUUUAUACUAUUACUCCUGUCAAUCACCAUAAAAAGCAAGGGAGAUAAACCUAGUCGGAAACAAACAGAUCAAUGUUUGACGGAAAUGAACUCAUUUCGAACACUUCUAAAUCUUGCCUCACAACUUGUUAACCUCCAGCAAGCCAAUUGCAGCGAAAGAAAAAAUGUAACAGCAUCAGGAAUCCAAAAGAAGGAGAAUGAAACAAAAUGGGCUACGAAGGAAGAUAUGGAAGAAAUAAAGAAAGAAUUGAAAUUAAUUCAUGAUUUAUUUCGAGACUAUGGAGAUAUGAGAACAUUCUAUCCAAAAGACUGCCAGGAUCUGUACCUAAAAGGUUACAAAAAAAGUAAGGUGUACACAAUUUUUCCAAAGAACGGGCUUAGCUUCCAGGUUUACUGUGACCAAGAGAGAGACGGGGGAGGAUGGACGGUUAUACAAAGGAGACAAGAUGGAUCUGAAAAUUUCUACAGAACCUGGAAUGACUACGAGCAGGGAUUUGGAAAUCUUUCCUAUGAGUUUUGGCUAGGAAAUGACAGAAUCCACAUAAUGACUGGAACUGGAAAAUACAAAUUGCUAAUCAACAUGGAGGAUUUCUCUGGAAAUACCCGAUAUGCUAGUUACAAAACUUUUAAGGUUGGAGAUAAAAAAUCCGGAUAUGUUUUGAAUGUCUCAGGAUACAGAGGAACCGCCGGCGAUUCCUUGACGUACCACAACAAUAUGAAAUUUGCCACAAAGGAUCGAGAUCAUAAUUCUUGUGCAAAGAAUUUUAAAGGGAGUUGGUGGUACAAUGACUGUCACCAGUCAAAUCUGAACGGUCUCUACUUGAAAGGAAAGCAAAAGUCAGAUGCAGACGGUGUGAAUUGGAAACACUGGAAAGGAUAUUUUUAUUCCCUGAAAUUUACUGAAAUGAAAAUCAGGAAACUCAACAUUUGAAAA